CAGCGCCUAGAGCGCCGCGCGAGCCGGGAGCUUGGCGGACGAGGAGCGGCGGGGCAUCUUCCUGCGCCUCCGGGCCAGACGCCCAGUCCAGUGAUGUUCUUCAUUUCAAGAUGCCAUUGCAGUUCUGAUACAUGCAAACUGACAACAUUCAAGGCCACAACAGAGGAAAAACCAUUGGUGCUUGGAGCGUAGAAGACUGCUCUUCACAAAGGAAAUCCCUGAUUGUUGUUUGAAAUGCUGAGGAAGUUGCUGCGAAGGAGACUUUUUUCUUAUCCCACUAAAUGCUACUUUGUGGUUCUUGCUUUUUCCCUAAUCACCUUCUCAGUCUUAAGGAUUCAUCAGAAGCCUGAAUUUGUAAGUGUCAGACACUUGGAGCUUGCUGGGGAGAAUCCUAGUAGUGAUAUUAAUUGCACCAAAGUUUUACAGGGUGAUGUAAAUGAAAUCCAAAAGGUAAAGCUUGAGAUCCUAACAGUGAAAUUUAAAAAGCGCCCUCGGUGGACACCUGAUGACUAUAUAAACAUGACCAGUGACUGUAAUUCUUUCAUCAAGAGGCGCAAAUAUAUUGUAGAGCCCCUUAGUAAAGAAGAGGCAGAGUUUCCAAUAGCGUAUUCUAUCGUGGUUCAUCACAAGAUCGAAAUGCUUGACAGGCUACUGAGGGCCAUCUAUAUGCCUCAGAAUUUCUAUUGCAUUCAUGUGGACAGGAAAUCCGAGGAUUCCUAUUUAGCUGCAGUGAUGGGCAUUGCUUCCUGUUUCAGUAAUGUCUUCGUGGCCAGCCGAUUGGAGAGUGUGGUUUAUGCAUCGUGGAGCCGGGUUCAGGCUGACCUCAACUGCAUGAAGGACCUCUACGCAAUGAGGGCAAAUUGGAAGUACCUGAUCAAUCUUUGUGGGAUGGAUUUUCCUAUUAAAACCAACCUGGAAAUUGUCAGGAAGCUCAAGUUGUUGAUGGGAGAAAACAACCUGGAAACGGAGAGGAUGCCAUCCAAUAAGGAAGAAAGGUGGAAAAAGCGGUAUGAGGUCAUUAAUGGAAAGUUGACAAACACAGGGACUGUCAAAAUGCUUCCUCCGCUGGAAACACCCCUUUUUUCUGGCAGUGCCUACUUUGUGGUCAGUAGGGAGUAUGUGGGGUAUGUACUACAGAAUGAAAAAAUCCAAAAGUUUAUGGAAUGGGCGCAAGACACAUAUAGCCCUGAUGAGUAUCUCUGGGCUACCAUCCAGAGGAUUCCUGAAGUCCCGGGCUCACUCUCUGCUAGCCAUAAGUACGAUUUGUCUGACAUGCAGGCGGUUGCCAGGUUUGUCAAGUGGCAGUACUUUGAGGGUGAUGUUUUCAGGGGUGCUCCCUACCCACCCUGCGACGGGGUGCACGUGCGCUCGGUGUGCGUUUUCGGAGCUGGCGACUUGAACUGGAUGCUGCGCAAGCACCACCUGUUUGCCAAUAAGUUUGACGUGGAUGUUGACCUCUUUGCCAUCCAGUGUUUGGAUGAGCAUCUGAGACAUAAAGCUUUGGAGACAUUAAAACACUGACCAUUACAGGCAAUUUUAUGAAUAAUAGGAAGGAUACACAAAAUGUACCCUUUUCUGGUUCCCCUUCCCUGUCAGUAAGCGUCGAGAAGAUGGUGUGAGGUCCUUUUUGGAGCGGGGACUCUAGGUCUUCUCGUCAGAGAUGCUGCAUGGUUUCUGCAGAGCACCACUGGCUAGAAAGGUGAUAGCAUUCAAUGUUCAUCUAGAGUUAAUGGUGGGAAGAGUAAAAGUAGCCUUGAGGCCAGAGCAGGUAGCAAGGCAUUCUGGGGAGAGGACCAGGGUGUCUGGGGAAGCGCCCGAUGCAUAGGGUCAGCCUGUUCAAUGCACUCAGGGAUUUAGCAAAAUGAGAGGAUGUGACCUGUGCCAAAACUAUUUUGAGAAUUUUAAAUGUGACAAUUUUUCUGGUAUGAAUAAAUGUGUAGCAACAGAUAAAGAUACAAUUAAUCUGAUGAUAUAUUUGUUGAAAUAGAAAUUUGAUUUUACUCUAAAUGAUUUUUGUAAAUUAUUUUCUGCUCUAAUACUGUACUGUGUAGUGUGUCUCUGUAUGUCAUCUCAGGGAGCUUAAAAUGGGCUUGAUUUAA